GUUCUUUUAUUGGUACAGUGUUUCAAUUUUCCAAUGGAGUAAUGGACCAUCCGAAACAUAUACCUUAUUUGAUAUUUUGGUAAAAUAUUAAUGACAAUAUAAAUUAUUAUCUUUCUCCUUAUAUAGCUUAAUCCUUGUGUCACUUUCUGAAAAUUCCAAAGCUCCCACUUGUUUUGAGACGACAAGAACCAUGGAGAGGCUCUUCAAGCUCUAGUUCUGCACCUCUUCCCCCACCCAUAUGAUAGACUUUCCACUUUGAGCUCAAUUCUUAUUCUUUUCCUAAUUUGGAAUUUUUUAAAUUGUAUUCUGGGACAAAUUAUUGUUGGGUUUUCAGCUUAGAACUUGUAUGAAGCCAGAAAACAGAGACAACAUUGAAAGAGAAUGAUUUUAUGGUUUGGUGAAGCUUAAGCUUGGCAGAGAGAAGUGCUUUUCCAGAUCAUUUCUGUUUGUUGAAGACAAAGCGAUAGAUAGAUAUUCAUAGAAGGUUCAUGCAAUGGGUUAUGGAAACUCAAGAUCUGUAAGAUUUCAAGAUGAUGUUGAAUUAGCAAAGCUACCUUCAGUCAAUGGAGUUGGUGAUGUUAAGUUCAAGUACAAGAUUGAUGGGACUCAAGUAAUUGAUAAGGAGCUGCCUGGAAAGUCUGGGAAAUCUUUAAAAGCUAAAGUACUGUCCAGAGUCUUUUCUGAGGACUAUGAGAGUGAGAAGAAGAAGAUAUUACUCAUAUUAGAUCCUCGAGGACCAACAAUUCGCCGAUGGAACAAGAUUUUCCUAGUAACCUGUUUGAUUUCUUUGUUCGUAGACCCUUUAUUCUUUUACUUGCCAGAGGUCGGAGACCAAGUCUGUAUUGAUAUUGGAAUACCACUUGAAGUUGCUCUUACCAUUCUUCGAUCAGUGGCCGAUGUUUUUUACUUAAUUCAGAUUUAUAUUAGAUUUCAUAAAGCUUAUAUUGCACCUUCCUCUCGAGUAUUUGGGAGAGGAGAGCUUGUUAUAGACUCUUCAAAGAUCGCAUUUAAGUACCUCCGGUUUGGUUUCUGGAUUGACCUCAUUGCUGCCCUGCCCCUUCCUCAGGUACUAAUUUGGAUUGUAAUCCCCAACCUUAAUGGUUCAACAAUGACAAACACCAAAAACGUACUUCGGUUCAUCAUAAUCUUUCAGUACAUACCAAGGCUCUUUCUUAUAUUUCCGCUAUCGUCACAAAUUGUUAAGGCCACUGGUAUUGUGACAGAGACAGCAUGGGCAGGGGCUGCAUAUAACCUGAUGUUAUACAUGUUGGCAAGUCAUGUUUUAGGGGCUUGUUGGUACCUUCUUUCAAUUGAGCGGCAAGAAGCAUGCUGGAGACAAGUUUGUGAGGAAGACAAUAAAAAUUGUGAUUAUGGUUAUUUAGAUUGCAAAAUGGUGCAAGACCGCCAAAGGAUCUCCUGGUUCCAGUCAAGUAAUGUCACACACCGAUGUGAUCCAGAAGAAAACUCUUAUGAAUUUGGUAUAUACGGUGAUGCGGUAACAUAUGGUGUUACGACCUCAUCAUUCUUCAACAAGUACUUUUACUGUCUUUGGUGGGGUCUAAGAAACCUCAGUUCCUUGGGGCAGAAUCUUUCGACCAGCACUUAUGUCGGAGAAAUAAUCUUUGCCAUUAUUAUUGCGACUCUUGGACUAGUUCUCUUUGCUUUGCUGAUCGGUAAUAUGCAAACCUACCUUCAAUCUACAACUGUCCGACUAGAAGAGUGGAGGAUCAAGAGAACUGAUACAGAGCAAUGGAUGCGUCACAGGCAGCUGCCUCCAGAAUUAAGACUGUCUGUAAGGAAGUAUGAUCAGUAUAAGUGGCUGGCUACUCGAGGAGUCGAUGAAGAAAGUCUUCUUAAAGGCCUACCUUUGGAUCUUCGAAGAGACAUCAAACGCCACCUUUGCCUUGACCUUGUUCGUCGGGUCCCUAUGUUUGAUCAAAUGGACGAAAGAAUGCUAGAUGCAAUAUGUGACAGGCUUAAACCUGCUUUGGGUACUGAAGGCACAUUUCUAGUGCGCGAAGGUGAUCCUGUCAAUGAAAUGCUCUUCAUAGUUCGAGGCCACCUUGAUUCUUACACCACCAAUGGUGGCCGGACAGGAUUUUUCAACUCAUGCCAUCUUGGCCCUGGUGACUUCUGUGGAGAAGAACUAUUGACGUGGGCCUUAGACCCUCGUCCGAGUGUCAUUCUCCCAUCUUCAACGCGCACAGUCAAAGCGCUUUCUGAAGUAGAAGCAUUUGCUCUAGUAGCAGAGGACUUGAAAUUUGUUGCAUCACAGUUUAGGAGACUUCAUAGCAAGCAACUUAGGCACAAGUUCCGGUUCUAUUCACACCAGUGGCGGUUAUGGUCUGCAUGUUUCAUACAGGCUGCUUGGCGUCGGUAUAAGAAGCGCAGGGAAGCAGCAGAGCUCAAGGCUAAAGAAAACCAAACGGCCGCAGCACCUGCGCAACCCCCACCCAUCUCAGGCUUGGCUACUUAUGCAGCAGCGCUUGCUGCAAGUACUAGGAGGGGUGCCAAGAAGCAUCCUGGGCCAGACUCUGGGGUUGUAAGUUCACUACAGAAGCCAGCAGAGCCUGAUUUCUCUGUUGAUGAUGAGGAAUGAAUGGAGAACUGAUACAAGUUGGAGAUAGAAUAUAUAUAUUAUAUAGUAUAGUCCUGCUUAUGUUUUCUAUAUUGAUAUUGUUAAUGGAAGGCUAAAACAACAAAGUCUUGUCUAGAACACCAUAUCAGCACACAAAAAACAAGAGCAGAAGCGCCGGCCCGGAAAGCUUAUGUUGUAAAUAUUUUUCUUUCUCUUAGGAUACAAUCAGGAAUGCCUUAAUGUAAUUGUUUGAUUAUUCGUUUGUAACAUUAGAGAGUGAUAAAAAUGCAUGACUGCUUGUCACACUUUGAAGACCA